GAUUGGCUUUUGUGCGUCAGUUAUCAAAAUAUAGCGAAUAUAACCUCCGGUGUAUCACCAAAGCGACUGGAACGAAUAAAAGUGCAGCUUGCUUUGCGAUUUGGGAUAUGGAGGCUCGGCAGUUAUCGUGGUCAAAGCUGUAAUGAUUUCAAACUCUUAUUUUGCCUUGUGCAGCACAACAGCGAGACUCCACGUUACGUCAUGGUCCAGUGCGUCGAAUAAGUAAGCCGAUUAAUUUAUAACGUUCGUUUCCGGCAGGAGUCUGAUGGUGUCCUCCUGUCGGGACUUGGUGUACGAGUACAGUUCGAGCGAAGAGUCGGAGGGCUCGCGGAAGCCGUGUCGACCCUCGGUGGGGCGGUGUCUCAGCGCCGCCACGUCGGAGACCACCCUGCCCCCCGCACGACGGUCCGCCAGCCCGUCGCCGCCUGGCGGCGGUGUCUUAAGCUCCAGUAGCAACAUCUACCGACAGAGAGCAGCAGGGGUAUCGCGACGCUCGGCCGCUCCGUGCCUGAGCAGGCAGAAGCGGGCUUCGGUGCCCAGCCUCGUGGCUCCCCGCAAACAGCUGGAGAAGGAGUUUGGGGGCGGCAGCAGCACCGGCAGCUCUUCGCUCUCAAACCUAACAUCUACGCUCACCAGAGAGGGCCAGCUGCUGCCGGCGCUGCUGACGGGCCUGCAGCGGGCCUCUGUAGGUCUGAGGCAGACCUCGGCCCGUGUCACGGACCUGGAAGGCCGGCUGGGCGGCACCGAGAGGAACAUGACAGCCGCCAGAGCCGACAUGGCCAGGAUACAGGACAAUGUAACGUCCCUGCAGAUCAUCGUGGCAACAACUAGUGGCAAGAUGGCUGCUUUCGCCGAAAUGUUCCAAACAGUGGAUGAACAACUUCAGAAUAUGUGGAUGGAGAUGGAAGCCGUCAACGCCAACGUGCACCACGUGAUGCACAAGACGCUGGAGCACCAGCGCCAGAACGAGAAGCUGUUCGGCCAGCUGGAGGCGCUGCGGGACCAGCUGCUGGAGCGGCGGCAGGGACGGGACGCUCCCGGCUCCGCUGUCACCAGGGGACGCCACCGUCCGCAGCCGCCCGAGGGCGUCCAGACGGAGGGGACAAUGGGACCGGCGGCGGCGGCGGCCGGCGCCCGGGCCGUUGGAGUGGAGAGCACGUGCGAUCUCAGCGCCGUCGAUGACCUCCUGUCCAACACGCUGGUCAUAUGACGAGCGGGGCGUGACCUCAGGAGGCUGGCGGUGCAGCCAGGGACCCAGCGCAGCCGCGGUACUGAUCACAGACUGGCAGCAGCGAGGCCGGCCGGUGCCAAUGCAUUUCCGCAGCCACGUUCCAAUAAUGUUAAUAGCGCGUAGUCACUUGUGGUGGGGCCAGUGUGAAGUUGUUUUGCGUUCCACCUGAGACAUUACCAAGGUUACAUUUAACUGGAAGUCGUUGCAGCCACCUGCUGAAACGAUGUGCAUGCUUUCCAGCGAGUAAUUGGUCGGGUUCAUGCAUUGAAGGUGCCCGUGUGAAGAGAGCGCUCUCGUGCCUUGGCUGAAGAUGCCGGCCGCGCACCUGCGCUCGCCGAGUAGGAGGUGCGCAAAGUAAACUGCUGUUUAUGUUCAGGUUUUAUUUUUUGCUAUUGAGGAAUUUAUCUACGGUAGGACAUUUGAACUAAACCAUGGAAUCAGCCUAGAAUAAAUGAAGAUGGUGGAAUCGUUCGGCUGGGAUCGGGUCCUCUGUGCACCACACGUGACAAAUGUACGCUGGAACGUGAUAGACAACACAUGUCGAGAGCAAAACAGCACCUCAGAGUCAUCAAAAAUGGAAUGAAACGACCACUCUGCUUCAAAUCCAUGCUACGGAAGGUCUGCUACAGAAACAAGGUAGCAGCACGGGGUCAAACAUGAAAUAACAUCUUAGCACGAGCUUCCCUAGCAGAGCUUUCACGAAACUCCCUCCAACCACACGGCCCUGGAAGCACGGCGUUGAGAGUCAAAGGCACAUUAUAGCAACCAUGGGAACGGGGCAGAUAGUAAAGCUGACACAUGUUAUGCUCCCUGACGCGAGCUGGCCGUUGACGUGGAUGGACCCUGCUUGCUCCGUAACAUGCUUUCAUCGUCCCAUGGAGCACCGAAGGCGGGGAUCGUGAAAGCUGGGAGGUUUCAAACCCCGAAAUAGCUUCCAAAUCUGUGUUACGUUUGUCUGAUGCAGCAUACCUUCUGCACCAACAAUGCCCAACCUCGCAGCGGAAAGUAACCCAAUUUAAUCAGUCAUGAGGUUUAAGUUGUUGAAUCAACUUUGUUCGUGGCGAUUUGCGUGGAAAUACGCAUUGCAUCCUGUAAAAUACCUGGUUCUGAUACUGGAAUUGAUUCAUUCCAUUCGUUCUGAAACAUUUGUUCUAAAUCUAUUGGGUGGAUGCACUUAUAGAGUCGGCGCUUACACUCAGCAGCACCUGUGGCGUGAGCGCCGUCCCCACCGUCCGAUUGCGAGGGCCCCGGCGAAGGGCAGAUUUUGCGGCGAAAGCCUGACGUGCUGCGCUGCCCGACACGGUCCGUCUUGCCCUCUGACGCCACCUAACCUUUAACGCGACCGCUGCCACCGGCCGCAGGCCAUCUCAGCCAGAGGCAAAUAGUGAGCGCAUAAUGUAACUCGGACCAACCCCGCCAUGGGUAAGUAAAAAGACACGCGCGCCAGCGCGUCUAUGGGAGCGGACAAUCAUGAGCAUCCUACCAUACGGAUCGUGCACAUCUAAUCAUGCUCACUUCCAAACAUCUGCUUGUCAUCCUCACCAUCUUGUAAAGAUUCGCAGCAUGGAAGACUGAA